GCGGAGCGGCAGUCUGAGGUGAGGGUCCACGGAGAGAGGACACACAGCAGAGACCAGCCAUCAGUGUUGCCCACAGCACAAGACAACAUGCAGGAGGAUGGCAAGGUGGUAGAUGGUAGCCUGCUGGGUGAUGCCAAUGGCGUUGAGCCUGGCCCGGGCAGAGUGAAGGAGUCUGGGAAAUGGCAGAAGCCCCGGUUCUCUCGGAAAGCCCUGAUGAAAUGCUGCCUGGUCAAAUGGAUCAUCGCCAGCACGCAGCCACAGGACAAAGAUGACAGCAGUGACAGUGAUUUGGAGCUGUCGACGGUGCGUCACCAGCCGGAGGGGCUGGACCAGCUGCAGGCUCAGACCAAGUUCACCAAGAAGGAGCUGCAGUCUCUCUAUAGGGGUUUUAAGAACGAGUGUCCCAGUGGGUUGGUUGAUGAGGAGACAUUCAAGUCCAUCUAUUCUCAGUUCUUUCCCCAAGGAGACGCGACCACCUAUGCUCAUUUCCUAUUCAAUGCAUUUGACAUAGACAGAAAUGGCUCAAUCCGCUUUGAGGACUUUGUCAUUGGCCUGUCUGUGCUGCUGAGAGGCUCGGUCACCGAGAAGCUCAACUGGGCCUUCAACCUCUAUGACAUCAAUAAGGAUGGCUACAUUACCAAAGAGGAAAUGCUUGCGAUUAUGAAGUCGAUCUAUGACAUGAUGGGGAGGUACACCUACCCCUGCGUCCGAGAUGAGGCGCCCUCUGAGCAUGUGGACAAGUUCUUCCAGAAAAUGGACAGAAACAGAGACGGUGUAGUGACCAUUGAGGAGUUCAUUGAGACCUGUCAGAAGGAUGAGAACAUCAUGAACUCCAUGCAGCUGUUUGAGAAUGUGAUCUAACACCAUGCAGGACAUAAUCAGCUGUUAUCUGUCAACCCAUAUCUGCACUCAUCACACCCUCUUCUCCCCCGCCACACCACACACACACACACACACACACACAAACACACAGACGUGUUCAUCCGCUCUCCCUCGGCUCCAAAACGUCACUUUACACAACACACCCAUGUAGGCUAUGUAGAUGAUGUAAAGAUACCGGAACAAAUGUUGAACACUAAAGGGGUUUUUCCCCCCACUGGCCUCGUUUAGCUUUAUCCUGCUGAUGCUUCCAGGCAACAGAGGCACUACAAGAGAGAGAAGAGCUUCAUGGACAAACUUGGCAACUAUUCAGUGUUUUUUUUUUUUUUUUGUUUGUUUGUUUUUUUGCUCCUUAGAAUGAAGCAACAGAGGAGCAAUUGUACUCCCUGUAACCUCUUUAGUUUCCAUCAUCAGUCCACAAGAAUCAACAACCAACGAGGGGCAUGUACUGUAAUUAUCCGCUGACCUGGGGAUACUAGCUUUAACACAUAACACACCUUGUUGACGCUCACACACACACACACGCUCUGUUUUUCUCUGUCGCUUUCUCCUGCCCUUUCUCUCUUUUUCACACUCCCACAAACAUACCUAACCCCCUUUGACAACCCACAGCCCAGUGGAUGACGAGUUUGCAGAGCAUUUGGAUGAAGUGAACUGACAACAGCAAAAUUUCAGCACGACAAAACACAGCGACACGACAAAAAAAAAAAGAAAAAUGAACUGAAGCAUGUUUGUCAUGAGAUAUGUGAUGUGGAAUUAGCUUGCACUAAAAUUUUACUAUCAUGUAUUAUAUGCGCCUGAAAUGAAGGCACUGUAGAUACCUGCACCUGAUACACCACUGAUGGAAACCAGUGACUAUGUAUAUAUGUAUAGAUAAUAGUUAAAUACCUUCAGUUGUAAUGGUCUUAUCCGUGCUGCACUAGGUUAUGGUGUAGGACCAGAACUAUCCAAGUGAAUAUUUGUUGAAGACAUCUAUAUGUUAAUCAAUUAAACAUCAUCUUUAGUGGCAGUAUUUCACAGAAUACAAAUGGAUUAUACAAUUAUUGCUGUUUUUUUUAUUUAUUUCUGAAGACUUCAGCAGAAGAUUGGGAUUGUUUGAUUGUUUGCUUGAUCAGUUCGACGCAUUGAGUCUGUACAGAACCGUGAGGAAACGAAAGGACUGUUAAAAGUGUGUUCAUAGGCUGAAUUAAGUCAUUAUCUUGGUUCUUCAGUAUCUAAGAGCAUGCUGACUCAGUGCCACAGUAUAAUGUACUGUACAGUAGGACCUUUGUGAUGUCAAAUCAUUAAAGAUACUGUCUACGGUUGCGACUCCUCCUUUAA